AUGGUUUCGAGUUUUAUUGCUACCACAUUGGCUGUUGGUCACAAUGCUGUCAAGUCGAUACUCUUCCGAAUUGCAGGCGUCUGCUUGCAAAUUGGCGUUUUUAAGCUCUUUUCUCUUCUCGCAUCAGCCAAAAACGCUUUCACAGCCUAUCUAAUGUUUACAGAAGACUACAUCCAGAGAACACUAUUUGUCUUCUCUCGCGGCUUCACACAUCAGUCUAUCCUUGUUUUCUGCUUUACUAUGCUUUUACUCACCUCUGGACUGUACGACACUUUACUCUGGGGCCUUGAUUUCCCCGGAUAUAUUUCAAUCAAACGAAAUGUCACCGCUUCCACACUUAAGGGUCAUUUGCUCAAGAGGCCUGGGUACGUGGUAUUCUCCUCUACAAGGCCAGAGGAUUUCGACACCCUUGACCGUCAUUUUACAGAUAGCAUGAACGCAAAUUUGUUUCAGUCAAAUCUUAACUUUUCGUUGACUGGCAACGUCGACCUGGGCAAGCCAGAGCCUGUCCCUCCAACCCAAAAAUUCAAUCUAGCGAAGAACAUCGGGCCGCGUAUAUGGCUGGACAACGAAGGAUUUUCAGUUUCACCCGAUACCUACGUCACCACCAGCUCGAUAUCCAAUCUUGAGACAAAAGAAUACUACAUCUGUCCUUGGGUUCCUCUAACGGAAGGCGAAUCUGCCUCGUGGGAAUGCUCCUUUGACAAUAUCCAUGCGGACCAGCUUGCAAGAACUCCGCUUGGCCAACCAGAAAUCCAUUGGGAUGAUGUUACAGAUCAGAAUUAUCUAUCAGAAUACAUGCGAGCGAACCGAGAAGAUAACCCUUGGUCCUUCCUGGGUACAGGAGGCGACACCGCCAUGAUGAAACAGAUGUUCACUGUCACCAAAGGGCGGAGAAGACAUACCUUCCUGGAAAACGCGAUGAAAAUAUCAGCAGUUUACGAUCACGAACAGCCUUUUCCAAGAGACUCGGUAUACGAUUUGGUCAAGCGGUCCUGGUCUCUAGAUCCAGCUCAGUGGGAUGAUCCGUAUAUCACCAAAAUCACCGAAAAGAUCCAACACGGCGUAUCUAAUAACACAAGUUUCCAAUUUGGCUCUGUUCAAAAAUCUGGAAACAACACCGUCGUUCAGUUCCAUUACGAGUACCUGAACUUGCUCGCAACGAAAGACGUAGUUGUGUUUUCACUAUUCCGUAUAUCGUUGGUCAAUAUCACCCUCAUUCGUUCGGACACGCUGCCUGAACCUGUGAAGCCUUUAGAGGCCUGUGAUCACUACUACCACAACCGUGCAACAGGAGGGAAGGUAUAUGGUACCUCGUGCUAUGAACAAGGGAAGACAAACAAAACCGGAGCUCGGUUCUUCGGACAAAUUGAUAGCUCCUCCGUUCUCGUCAUUGGCGGGACUCUUGGAGACGGCAGCACCAACGUUAGCUCUGUGGCACUCAACCAAAGGGGCUUUGAAUGGGCUGCAAACAAUUCGGAGAAACUGGAUAAUCUUGUCCUAUCAAGAGGCUACAUAAUGGCCAUUAACCCGGGCCUGGUCACAUUGGAAACGAGCAAGGUGCAGGCGGCUAUGUCACCGCUUCAAGUUCUUCUAGUUAUCCUACCUAUUAUAUUCUGUGCUGCUGUUUGGGUAUGGCUAUGGCUUCUAGUAGAUCCUCACUACUCCAAUUCGCUUCUUGCCAAUCUUUAUGCGACGACGAACAUUGGGGAUACGGAUACUAGUGCGGAUCCGGGUUAUAUCCACAAGAUGCCUGAUAUUGGUUUCGUCACGAAUGAUGGAAAAGUUCAGAUGGCUACUUCAACAGGAGUCUUUAUACACAGCCAUUCGGAAACCGUGGGAAAGGUGAAUAUGGAACAGCAGCAGACAGAUCCACGGGGUGUUUAUGCGCCCAUUCAGAAUCCUUAA